AUGGACCACCUCCCUUCCUCAAUCGAGGCCAUUCUAGGCCGUUGUCUAGCACACAGACGGGGUCGCGACUCACUUCUAUUGACCCGAGCGUCUGAAUCUAUUUCUCGACAACCUUCAAUUAUUCUCGUCACUUCAUCUCUCGGUCCCUCAGGCUCAUCUAUUUCCCCAGAACACACCCCGCUCGGCGAUAACACAUUCCCAAGUUUAUCAUGGACCCUCCCACUUGGUCUUGAAGAUUAUGUGUCAAGCUAUAUGAUUAUUAUUGAAGACCCCGACGCCCCAUUACCCCAACCUGUGGUCAACGUGGCUGCGGUGAAACUCCUCAUCUCGCGGGGGGGAUUCCGAUACGGCACAAACUGGGGCCAGAAUAUUUGGAGUGGACCUCGACCGAUUCUAGCCCAUGGCGAACACCGAUAUUUUUUCCAAGUGAUUGCGUUAAAAGCGGACUUGGUGACAAGGCUGGGAAAUAAGCCCCUGACGAAGGACUGGUUACUACGAGAAUUGAAACCUCACGAUGUUCUGGCUUGGGGGGAAUGGAUUGGAACAUGCGAGCGUCGACAUGGAAGCUAG